CGAUUGUAUUGACAAUAUAUGGCAUGAAUUAAAGGGUUGUCUCACUUCACGCCCACAUCUCGUGACACACUAUAUCGAUUGUGAUUUGCAUUGAAUUGAUUGACACCACAGUCGCCGACACAAUGACCGCACAAAUACGGGCACCAAUUGUGGGCACAUGUCUUGAUAUGUGUCCACCAAAUGAACUCAAAUGGCGUGAAGAGAAGGGAUUAUUACACGAGUUUGAGAUCACGCGUGAGUCGGAGUGGGUUUGGACUUUUCGGGAGAAGACUAAUCGCGAGAAAGACAACGACCCGUACGGCACACACACUCCCGCUGUCGCCUCUCUGAUCCACUUUUUUGUCUUUGUCUCUAGAUUUCGGCCAAAAGCCGACAAACGAAAAGUAGUGAAACAGUUCAGUCGGUCGAGCGCUGGGCAACCGAUGCAAUCGGCCGAAGAGUUGAGACCAAUCAAGGUUUUGGUCAAAACAUGCGAUUACUUACUCUCCAAAGUGGCCGUCAGAGACAGUGUCCCCUGGAAUGUGGUCUACGAUUACAUCUUCGAUCGGUUGCGGUCCGUGCGUCAGGACAUGUCCAUCCAGUGCUCCGAUGAUAUCCAAUGCCUAACAGUAUUGGAACAAUGCAUUCGUUUUCACAUUUAUUCCGAUUACUACUUUGGCGCCGAAGAAGUGCGGCUUUACGACCGACACAUCAAUGACACUCAUCUGCGGGAAUGCCUGCAAUCACUACUUAAACGAUACGAACAAUUGGAGGGCACCGACAGCGCCAACAAUAGGCCGCUAUUUGAGUCCAUUUAUUUGAUUUACAAUUUAGGCUCUAAUGACGCUCUUUUACGGUACGGAACGCUUCCCUCACGACUUCAAAGGCAUGGAUUGGUCCGCAAAUCGUAUCGAUUAGCACUCAAUUAUGACAAACGCCUCUAUUAUCAGUGCAUACAAACGUUGGCCGCCAUUAAGCCGCCAAUUCUAGCUCUAUUGGCCUCCACUAAACUGCCCAAACUCUUUCAUAUGGCCAUCAAAACCAUGAGUUUUGCAUACCAUUCGCCAAACACUAAGUUUCCCGUCUCUACAGUCAGCCAAUGGUUGUGUCCCUUCGAGAGUAACGCACAAACAGCCGAAGAGUAUAUCGAAAAAUUAUGUCAAUCGUAUGGCUUAGUUGUGGUGAACGGAUGCGUUGGAUUCAAUAAAACCAAAUUUGCAGAAACUCCUCAAUUGGUAAACCCUUUGAAUGAAUAA